UAACAUAUGACAAUCACACUUAGUAUGGCCUUAUCCCAUCUCGGCACAAUGCAAACAUAUGUACAAAAAUGUACAGCUCAGGUUUUUUCAUACUACUAUACAAAAAAACUAUCUAAUGCGGACGAAGUCGCGGGCAAAAACUAGUUAUAAAUAAGUCUUAAGUAAUAUGUCGACGAGAGCGAUGUCUUCACUGCCACAUUAACACGUCCACUUAUCAAUGAACCAAGUGUUACUUUGACAUAAGUAUGUCAGAGUUAUACAUACAGUAUUGUAAUUCUAACCCGAAAAUAUAAUGCCAUUCUCAGUUUAUGUUUUGUGGAAACAAAAAUGGCACACACAUCGAAUAAGGCCUUUAAACAUUUAUCCAGUAAGUACAGGGACAGAAACAGUAGAGUAUAGAACCAGGAACAGAGCUACGAAUGUAAUAAGAGACAAAAAAAACAAAACAUACAAAUGGUCAGCUCAGAGACAGUUUGUAAAAGUAUGUGGAGAUCAGAUAAGGAGAUGCAACGAGGACUCUCGUUGAGGUCAUGAGGUUAAUGUUGGAGUAUUUUAUAAAUACGGUCGCUUUAAUUAUAUUUUCUUAAAGUAACCGUAUAAUAGAAUUAAAACUGGCAUCAUUUCAUUAUAUAACCCAAUUAAAGUCGGUUAUUCGGACGCUGAAUUCAUCUGCAAUUUUCUUAAAACAACUGAUAUAAGGUAAUGUAUUCUUAUUCAGAAACGGAUAUUAAAAUCGAAUUGUUUGAAGUUGAUGUGAUAUGAGAACGUGUUUAACACGGCUCCUAACUGUAAUAAUGAUGUACAGUGCACAUGAAACCUCAAUCAUACCUGCCUGUAGGCAGCUACACUCCCGUAUGAUGACUUGUAUUUAGUUCCUACAGUCCUUGGAUACACAAACGUCUUAUCUUUACGUGUAUUAAUAUCACAACCGAUAAAAUUGGCGAUUUUCUUUUAUCAGGAAACAAUAAACAUCAACAUAUGUCGAGUCAUCGUGUGCCUUCGUUAAUUCCUUCGCAUACAAGACUUUAAUGAAAGUUGACAGGGUGGUGAGGGUGACUAGUACCAAUCUAGGCAAUAAGUCUUGGUUCAGAGUGAAAGAUAAUUAUAAAAUGAGGACUUUAAGGAUGUUCAGCCUCCAUGUGAUGUGUGGCUGAAGCCGUUCCGUCCUCGGGUCCUGGUCACCAUGCUGCUCGCCUUCAUGUUGCCGCUCUCCUACAUAUUCGUCGCGGCAGCACUCGGUCCGACUUUCAGCUUUACACUCACUCCGGUGGAAAAUUAUUGGUCGUGAUUUAAACUGUUCUUAAAAAGAUGUUGCAAUUAUAACAUCAACCAAUCAAUGUCUCUCCUUUGACUUUGAUCAGGUGGAGUCGUGAGUAGGAGUUGUAGGUUUGGUCUCAUAUGCAAGAAUGGGGAUAUACAACUACGCUCGUCGUAGAGGCGAUGUAGGCCUGAGGGCGUGCGGGUACGUGAGCCGAAGGGCUCCGCGCGGGGAACCAUCACGAUGUUUGUGAUCGUCAACUUCGGCUCCACUGUGUCUUCACUGACACCGAGGACUGUCCAUCGCCACAGACAAAAUUUAACUCCUGACCCAUUUAUUGGAUCUCAAACUCCUCAAUAUUGAUAUUUAAGCAAGAGAGAGGUGACAAUAAAAAAGUCAUGGCCAUGAAUACAAUGUACAGCUUGUAUGUGCAUAUGCAUGUGUACUGGUUGGUAUCCUCUGGUCCGCUGUCCUCUAUGGCGAGUAUUGUUAUAAGGUUUUCGUUUUCUGAUUACUUUGUAUUAAUUUAUUGAUAUUCGCGUUUAUCUUUGACCGUUAUCGUUCGCGUGUCACGACGACUAUCACUUUCAAUCUAUUAUGUCAUAUGCAUAUAUUGUUAUAACCUUGUAGAAUCUAAUCAAAUGGAAAAUUAAGUAAAUAAUAAACGAUAGUAAUAACUCAUUCACGCAUAUCACUACAUAGGUAGUUUGAAGAGUCUCAAGCCAGUGGUUUUGUGGUUCUCUUGAUAUAAUAUAUUGUAAAAUGUAAACAAUUCAAAGACAGUUCACGUAGCAUUUAUUUAGUUAUAGUUAUGACUUUAAAUAAUCAAAUAUUAAUAUAAUGAUUAGUUCCAAGUAGAAAAUGCAAAAGCAAAUGAAUUAGACUUAAUGAUAUCCGACUGUUAUAAACGAAGGUAAUUUGUUUGUCUUGUAAUGGACUCGUGCGACCAACGAUCUGCAAAUAGUAUGCUCUAUUAAGGUAGCGUCGUCACACGACAUACGGGGUUUUUCUCAUUUCUGCUUGAAAGACCUCCGUUAAUAUUAUAAUAUGUGAAGAUUUAUGAAAGAAGUACUGUUAAUGCUCCGUACGCACAGCUUAUAGCUGAUCUUUAUCUUUCCGUUAAUGAUAUAGAGCGUUUUAGGAUAUUUUAAAUUUGUUGGCUCUGUUUAAUGAAUGUUUUGAAAACAUUAAAUUGUGUUUAUUAAAACAUUCUUUUACUUUUAUUCAGAGCUAGGUGCUACUUAUACUAGGUCAUACACUCGAACAUGGACAGUAAGAAAACUUUAAUGAUUUUUCCGUGUGUGUUCAUCAACGAGUGCAGAACAGUUCACAGCGAUACUGUAUGAAUGAUAGAUAUUAGAAGAUAAUUUUCUACCAUCGAUUUCUCAAUUAAUGUUUGCUGUGAUUCAUACGUUCGCUAUAAAAGAUGAUUACAAUUCGAGUGGGACGGUACUGUCGAAGUUCUCAUACGGAGAUGGACUUUGUCAACUUCAUCGUGGCCUUCUUUGUUUCUAAGAAUGUCAGAUUGCUGACAGCCUUCGUGUGUUGGAGACCAGAGGAUGUAAGGUUAAUCUCCCAGCGAGGCGUCAUGGCAGGUUUGCGACUGCGCGUGUUUCCAAGCACUCAUCUGACGGCUGACCUGCCAGCGUACCGUGACUACAGGGAGGGAGUACUUCUCGAUGUGGGUUGCCUCAACGCCACACACGUUCUACAUAAAUCAUCAAGAAACCGUGCGUUCAAUCUUCGUUACUCUUGGCUUCUGAUCGACGACUCCCCCUUCAAUAUUACUUAUGUUGAAGAAACACUAUCCGACGUGUUGGUCCUCCCUGACGGUGACGUCACUUGGGUCUCCGUGGAUCGUAUGGUAGAUGUGUACAAGGUUAAAGCUGACCAGCCGCUGGUCGUCACGCAUUUGGGUAUGAGAAGGAGUCGACGAGAACUCGAAGGGUUAUGGAGAAGUUUACGAACAACAGUUACAAGAAGGAAAAAUCUACACAGUGUGUAUCUGAAGUCGGCGACUAUAGUAACACAACCUCAAUACUUCAAAGGAUGGUCAGAUCUGUCGAAUCGGCAAAUAGACACGUUCCCAAAACUUACUUAUCCAAUACUGAAGCUUUGCGGAGAAGAUCUUAACUUUAGGUUCAAUCUGAAACAAGUCGACCUUUACGGGGAGGAACGGAACGGCAGCUUCGACGGUCUGGUGGGUCAGAUGCAGCACGAGGGGUUGGAGGUCGGAGUCACAUCCAUGUUCAUGCGCAAGGACCGGUGGCGGGUUCUACAUUUCUGCGCCGAAACCGUAGAGUUAAAAGGCGCGUUCCUGUUUCGCCAGCCUUCUCGCUCGUCUGUGUCCAACGUGUUCGCGUUACCCUUCAGCCGGGGCGUGUGGGCAGCUUCGGCAGCUGUGUUUGCGGGGGCGGCUACCCUGCUGGCGGUGUUCGGUCUGGUGGCACGACGGACGGCCCUCGACCCCGUCGCACAGAGACUGACGGUUCUCGAGAGUUUGACUUACGCUGUCGGCACCAUUUGCCAACAAGGUUCAUAUCUGUGUCCUAACCUGUGGUCCAUGCGUCUCCUCAUGUUUUGUACGUUGCUCGCCUCUCUGUUCGCCUUCACGUCAUACUCUGCCAAGAUCGUCGCUAUCCUCCAAGCCCCCAGUGAUGCCUUGCGGACUAUCGAUGACCUCGCACGUUCUCCUAUGGACCUCGGCGUGCAAGAGACUACUUAUAAGAGAGUCUAUUUUGCUGAAAGCAAAGACCCAGCAACUCAAGCCCUGUAUCGUCGUAAGCUGCUGCCUCUCGGCGAGCGCGCAUAUCUCAGCGUUGUUGACGGCAUCGCGCGCGUGCGAACCGGACUAUUUGCAUUCCAGGUAGAACAGAGUUCGGCUUACGAUAUCAUCAGCAAGACGUACACGGAACGAGAAAAAUGUGACUUGAAGGAGAUCAAAGCCUUCACUCUGCCCAUGGUGGCCGUCCCCGUGAGGAAACACUCCGGGUACAAAGACUUGCUGGGAGCGAGACUCCGUUGGCAGCGUGAGGUGGGUCUAAUGGAUCGUUACCGGCGCGUGUGGAUGAGUGUGAGGACUCCGUGUGACGCGGCUCAGGGCGGGUUCGUGAGCGUGGGUCUGGUGGACGUGCUGCCCGCCCUGCACGCGCUGCUGGCCGGCGUGCUGCUGGCCACAGCCCUGCUCCUCGUGGAAAAAGCUCACCACACUGUUCUGACUCGCGCUUAAUAACUGUUGCUAUGUUAAAUGUUACAAGAAUCUGUAUAUUUUUGCAUUCACUAGAUGUAGUAACAUUUUAGUUUGAGAUAAAUCACUGUUUAGUUUCAACGGAUGUCUUAAAUAAACAAGUAUAACAACUAA